AGCUAUGAGGGGGAGAAGGUGGAGAACGCAGCCCAGCUCCGGAGCAGUCCUGACCGUCUCGGUGUCUAACCGUCAGGCUGGCCACCCCCAGGGGCCAGGACAGAAGCGUCCCUUCCCGAGAAGGCGAAACAACCAGGCCCCGCAGCUUCGCUGGCGGCCGAGAGGAGUGAUGCUAAGAUUCAACUUCCGGGCGAUGGCUAACCAGACCAGUGUGACCCUGAACGAGCGGUUCUCUGGGCUUUGGCACAAACGCCGUUUUUCAACGGAAUGCAACGCCGGCCGGAUGGUGACUCUGCCGUAAGCCUCGAUGGGACCAGGCCAAAGCUGGAAAGACGUCAGACUUCCAAGGCCACCAAUUGCCUGGGACUACCUGAGGAGGCCCCUCACCAACCGCAGCUUG